AUGAAGUUCAACGUUGGUGCUGCGGCUGUUUCCGCGGCCAUUCUGGCUGGCACUGCUCACGCCGACAAGGCCGAGGAGUCUCCCGUCGUUCCUGAGCUUCCCACCUUUACUCCCACCACCUUGAAAGCUCCCUUUAUUGAGCAGUUCACCGAUGACUGGGAGAAGCGAUGGAAACCUUCUCACGCAAAGAAGGACAUGAAGGGUUCCGGCAAAGAUGAAGAAUGGGCCUUUGUCGGCGAGUGGGCUGUCGAGGAGCCCUACCAGUACAAGGGCAUGGCUGGCGAUAAAGGCCUCGUCGUCAAGAAUCCUGCUGCCCACCACGCCAUCUCUGCCAAGUUCCCCAAGAAAAUUGACAACAAGGGCAAGACUCUUGUCGUUCAGUACGAAGUUAAGCUUCAAAAAGGCCUCGAGUGCGGUGGGGCGUACAUGAAGUUGCUCCGCGACAACAAAGCCCUCCACCAGGAGGAAUUCAGCAACACGACUCCCUAUGUCAUCAUGUUUGGUCCUGACAAGUGCGGCCACACCAACAAGGUCCACUUCAUCUUCAACCACAAGAAUCCCAAGACUGGCGAGUACGAGGAGAAGCACCUGUCAUCUCCUCCCACCGCCAAGAUCGUCAAGACCACGGAGCUAUACACCCUGAUCGUACACCCCAACAACACCUAUGCCAUCAAACAGAAUGGUGAAGAGGUCAAGUCCGGCUCUCUCCUCGAGGACUUCACUCCCGCCGUUAACCCCCCGGCCGAGAUCGACGAUCCCAAGGACUCCAAACCUGAGACCUGGGUUGACGAGGCCCGUAUUCCUGACCCUAAAGCCAAGAAGCCCGAGGAUUGGGACGAGGACGCUCCCUAUGAGAUUGUUGACGAGGAGGCCACCAUUCCCGAGGACUGGCUAGAGAACGAGCCCACCACCGUCCCCGACCCUGACGCCCAGAAACCAGAGGAUUGGGACGAAGAAGAGGAUGGCGAUUGGAUCGCUCCCACUGUCCCUAACCCCAAGUGUGCCGACGUCUCUGGUUGUGGUCCCUGGACCAAGCCCAUGAAGAACAACCCCGACUAUAAGGGCAAGUGGACUGCCCCCUUCAUCGACAACCCUGCCUACAAGGGACCUUGGGCUCCUCGCAAGAUCAAGAACCCUGCCUUCUUCGAGGACAAGACCCCCUCCAACUUUGAACCCAUGGGCGCUAUUGGUUUCGAGAUUUGGACCAUGCAGAACGAUAUCCUCUUCGACAACAUCUACAUUGGCCACUCCAUUGAGGAUGCGGAGAAGCUCGCUGCUGAGUCCUUCAAACUCAAGCACCCCGUUGAGAAGGCCCUGGCUGAAGCUGACAAGCCCAAGGAGGAUGAUAAGCCCAAGUCUCCUUCUGAUCUCAAGUUCCUCGACCACCCUGUCCACUACGUCAAGGAGAAGCUGGAUCUCUUCCUCACUAUCGCCAAGGACGAUCCUGUUCAGGCUAUCAAAUUUGUUCCCGAGGUUGCCGGCGGCAUUGGCGCCAUUGUCGUUACUCUUGUUGCCAUUGUCGUUGGACUGAUUGGCCUCGGCGGAUCCUCUCCCGCUGUCAAGGACGCUGCCGCGGCUGCCAAGGACGAAGCUAAAGCGGCCAAGGACAAGGUCGCCCAGGCUGUUGCCACUGGUGCCGAGAAGGCCAAGGGUGAGGCCAGCAAGCGAGCCACCCGCAGCCAGUCGUAG